UUCGCGAAGAAACGAGAGGAGGAGAAGGUAAAGAAAUGGCCCUUGCGAGGAAGUGGGCGAUGGGGAGGCGUCGGAGAUGAAGGAUGCUCUCUGCGGUGAUGGAAUACUUGAGAUCUUGCUGGGGCCCGGCGUCGUCGCCGGCCGGGCGCCCCCGCAAGGGAUCGGAUGCGGCCGGGCGGCAGGACGGGCUGCUGUGGUACAAGGACACCGGGCAGCUCGUCGCCGGUGAGUUCUCGAUGGCCGUGGUGCAGGCCAACAAUCUGCUCGAGGAUCACAGCCAGGUGGAAUCCGGGCCGCUGAGCACCACGGAGCCCGACCUGCAGGGCACCUUUGUCGGCGUCUAUGAUGGGCACGGCGGCCCGGAGACGGCGCGCUACAUCAACGACCAUCUGUUCAACCAUCUGAGGGGAUUUGCAUCUGAGCACAAGUGCAUGUCAGCGGAUGUGAUUCGAAAGGCAUUUUGUGCAACUGAGGAGGGAUUCUUUUCUGUAGUUAGUAGUCAAUGGUCAUUGAGGCCUCAAUUAGCGGCAGUAGGCUCUUGCUGUCUAGUUGGUGUGAUCUGCAACGGAAAUCUAUAUAUUGCAAACCUUGGUGAUUCCCGUGCUGUUCUUGGUAGACUUGUUAAGGGGACUGGAGAAGUUCUGGCUAUGCAACUGUCAGCAGAACACAAUGCAUCCUAUGAAGAGGUUAGGCGAGAGCUCCAGGCAGCACAUCCUGAUGAUCCCCAAAUUGUGGUUCUAAGGCACAAUAUUUGGCGUGUGAAGGGUAUUAUCCAGAUAACAAGAUCCAUUGGAGAUGUAUAUCUGAAGAAACCAGAGUUCAACAGAGAACCUCUGCAUAGCAAAUUUCGGCUUCAUGAAACUUUCAGGAGACCUCUUCUUAGUUCUGAACCAGCUAUUGUUGUACACCAAUUACAGGCAACUGAUCAGUUCAUCAUUUUUGCAUCUGAUGGACUAUGGGAGCAUAUUAGUAAUCAGGAAGCAGUUGAUCUUGUCCAACAUAAUCCUCGCAAUGGGAUUGCUAGAAGACUAGUAAAGGCUGCAAUGCAGCAGGCAGCAAAAAAGAGGGAGAUGAGGUAUUCAGAUCUCAAGAAAAUCGAUCGUGGGGUAAGGCGGCACUUCCAUGAUGACAUAACAGUUGUUGUGGUGUUCUUCGAUUCAAAUGCCAUAACCACUGCUAGCUGGAGCAGACCUUCGGUUUCUCUUCGAGGGGGUGGCAUUAUUCUCCCUGCAAAUUCCCUUGCUCCAUUCUCAGUUCCUACAUAGCUAAGAAGCUCUUCUUAAAACAACAUCAAAUUUAAGGAAUUCAAGAAGAUCAAAAAAAAAAAGGAAAAAGGAAAAAAGAAAAAAAAAAGAGAAAGGAAAAGAAAGGAAGAGCAUCAGUUGUGAUCAACUGUUGCGUAUUUUCUUCUGCUUUGUUCUUGGAAAACCUUUUUUUAGAUUCAACCUAGUGACUAGUGUACUGAUAGCAAGGUAUAAGAUUUAGAUUAUUCUAAGCUUUUCUUUUCCCCCUUUUUUCGCGCCCAUGGGAUAUCAGGUGGUUGUACAUUCUCUGGAUCAUCUUGUGAUAAUAGUUCAUCAUCCCUUUUGUUAA